GCGGCAGGGGGCGCUGUGGCCCAGCGGCGCCGGCGGCAGGAGCAGCCAAGGCGACGCUGGAGGCUCCGCCGAGGCUCCCCGCCUGCGGCACCGCGGUCGUCCCGCCGCAGCCUGGCGCCCCCGACCCCGCUGCACUGAGCUCCUCCGCUCUCCGCGCGGCGGCGGCGGCGGCCCGGGAGCCCGAUGCGGCUCGGCGGGUGCUGGGCCUCAGCAGCAGCGGCGGCGGCCACAGCCCCUUCGGCCACAGCGGGAAGCUUCGCGGCGGCGCCGGGGCAGCGCCGGUGCCCUCCGGAGGAGGCUGCGGGCUCGGGGACGACCCCCCCGGGCCAUGCUGAGGCGACGGCGGCCGCGGCUCGAGGAUCAAACAGAACAUACUGAAUCAGCAAGACUGGCUGGCAAUGCAGCAAGCAUCAUGAUUAAGCACAGGGAAGUCUGUUUCUUAUCACAUGUGUAAGGGGAAAAAGAUUUAAACAAGUCUCUUAAGCGGUGUUUCCUCACUGAUGGAGAAUUACUUUCAAGCAGAAGCUUACAACCUGGACAAGGUUUUAGACGAAUUUGAACAAAACGAAGAUGAAACAGUUUCUCCUAUUUUAUUGGAAACAAAGUGGAAUAAGCUUCUAGAUCCCUCCUCGCACCGACUGUCAUUUAACCCUGUAUUGGCCAAUGUGAAUGAACCUGCAGUUUCUAAUGAGUCACAGCCACAAUUGAAAGUCUUCUCUCUGGCUUAUUCAGCUCCUCUCACCAUACAAAGAGAGGACCAUUGUGCUAAUGGGCAGGACUGUAGUCUGAAUCCAGAGGUCAGCACAAUGUGGAUUGAUGAAAAUGCCAUUGCAGAAGACCAGUUAAUUAAGAGGAACUGUAAUCAAGAUGAUCAAUGCAGUACUGUUGAAGUGGGAGAGAAGAAAUGUGGAAACCUAGCUUGUCUGCCAGAUGAGAAGAAUGUUCUUGUUGUAGCUGUCAUGCAUAACUGUGAUAAAAGGACAUUGCAAAGCGAUUUGCAGGAUUGUAAUAAUUAUAAUAAUCAAUCCCUCAUGGAUGUUUUAAGCUGUUCACUGGAUAAUGAAAACAGACAAACUGAUCAAUUUAGUUUUAAUAUAAAUGGUUCCACUGAAAAAAAUAUGAACUCAGAGAAACAAAUGGAUCUAGUGACUAGGCCAAGUGCAGAGGGGGAUUCUGUUAAACAUAUAUGUACAACUUCAUCUGAUAAUCUAGCCAGUAGCUGCUCCCCUUCACAAUUAAAGGAUGACGAAAACAUAGGUAGAGACCCCUCCAUGUCUGUAAGUACAAGUUUAACAGUUGAUUCAAUAAUCUCAUCCCAGGGAACAGAUGAAGGUCCUGCUGUUAAAAAACAAGAGAACUAUAUGCCAGAUGAGAUUCUCACUGACAAAACCAACUCUCCUAGGACAGAUCUAGGGAGUUUAAACUCCUUUUCCCAUUUGAGUGAGGGUAUUUUGAUGAAAAAAGAGCCAGCAGAGGAGAUGACAACAGAAAAAUCCAUCCCAUCUGGUUUACCUCUGCUUCUCAAACCAGACAUGCAUAAUGGGUCUGGAAAGGGUAACUGUGAACAGUUUUCAGAUGGCCUUGUGCCCAGUCAAGUUAGAGCUGAUGAAAAUGAAGGUCGUGAGCAUGAAGAAAUUCUUGGCUCUACAGACCUUCUUAAUAUGACAGAACAUUUCUCUGAAUCUCAGGAGAUGGCUGAUUGGAAAUUGACUAAACUAAAUGAAGUGAAUGACAGCCAAGUAAGUAAAGAAAACGAGAAGUUUCUGCAGAUGAAUCAGCCUGAGGACACUUACAAUGAUAGUGGAGGAGAGUGUGAUAGAAUGGCAGAAGCAGGUCUAAAUUUAAAAGGAACUUUCAUGAAUGAAAGUGAAGGCUGUGAUUUCUCCACUGUUACAGAUACACCAGCAGCAAAUACUUCAUCUAAUUGUGAUUCCUAUGGAAUGCAGAGCCCAGUUGUUUGUUUUGUUCCAAAGACUUUACCCUCCAAAGAAGAUUCAGUAACAGAAGAAAAGGAAAUAGAGGAGAGCAAGUCAGAAUGCUACUCAAAUAUUUAUGAACAGAGAGGAAAUGACAUCACAGAAGGGAGUGGACUACUUUUAAACAGUACUGGUGACCUAAUGAAGAAAAAUUAUUUACACAAUUUCUCUAGCCAAGUUCCAUCAGUGCUUGGGCAAUCUUCACCCAAGAUAGCAAACCUGCAAUCUAUCAGUGUUCCUUUUGGUGGUGCAAGACCCAAGCAACCUUCUAACCUUAAACUUCAAAUUCCAAAGCCAUUAUCAGACCAUUUACAAAACGACCUUCCUGCAAACAGUGGAAAUAAUAUUAAAAACAAAAAUGAUGUUCUUGGGAAAGCAAAAAUAGGGGAAAACUCAGCAACCAAUGCAUGUAAUGCCUCUUUGGGAAACAUUUCUAUUGCCAAUACAAAUGGGGAACAUUUAGAAAGUUAUGAGUCUGGGAUACCUAGUAGACCGAGUCUUGUAUUACCUCCAGAUAGCCCAGAUAAUGAUCUCAGAGCUGGUCAGUUUGGAAUUUCUGCCAGAAAGCCAUUUACCACUCUGGGUGAGGUGGCUCCAGUAUGGGUACCAGAUUCUCAGGCUCCAAAUUGCAUGAAAUGUGAAGCCAGGUUUACUUUCACCAAAAGGAGGCACCAUUGCAGAGCAUGUGGGAAGGUUUUCUGUGCUUCCUGCUGUAGCCUGAAAUGUAAAUUGUUAUACAUGGAUAGAAAGGAAGCUAGAGUAUGUGUAAUCUGCCACUCAGUGCUAAUGAAUGCUCAAGCCUGGGAGAACAUGAUGAGUGCCUCAAGCCAGAGCCCUAACCCUAACAAUCCUGCUGAAUACUGUUCUACUAUCCCUCCCUUGCAGCAAGCUCAGGCCUCAGGAGCCCUGAGCUCUCCACCUCCCACUGUGAUGGUACCUGUGGGAGUUUUAAAGCACCCUGGAGCAGAAGUGGCUCAGCCCAGAGAACAAAGGCGAGUUUGGUUUGCUGAUGGGAUCUUGCCUAAUGGAGAAGUUGCUGAUGCAGCCAAAUUAACAAUGAAUGGAACUUCCUCUGCAGGAACCCUGGCUGUGUCACAUGACCCAGUCAAGCCAGUAACUACCAGUCCUCUACCAGCAGAGACAGAUAUUUCUCUGUUCUCUGGGAAUAUAACUCAGGUUGGAAGUCCUGUUGGGAGUGCAAUGAACCUUAUUCCUGAAGAUGGUCUUCCUCCCAUUCUCAUCUCUACUGGUGUAAAAGGAGACUAUGCUGUGGAAGAGAAACCAUCACAGAUUUCAGUGAUGCAACAGUUGGAGGAUGGUGGCCCUGACCCACUUGUAUUUGUUUUAAAUGCGAAUUUGUUGUCGAUGGUUAAAAUUGUAAAUUAUGUGAACAGGAAGUGCUGGUGUUUCACAACCAAGGGAAUGCAUGCAGUGGGUCAGUCCGAGAUCGUCAUUCUUCUACAAUGUCUGCCUGAUGAAAAGUGUCUGCCGAAGGAUAUCUUUAACCAUUUUGUACAGCUUUAUCGCGAUGCUCUGGCAGGGAAUGUUGUGGGUAACUUAGGACAUUCCUUCUUCAGUCAAAGUUUCCUUGGCAGUAAAGAACAUGGUGGAUUCUUAUAUGUGACAUCUACUUACCAGUCACUGCAAGACCUUAUACUCCCAACCCCACCUUAUUUAUUUGGGAUUCUCAUCCAGAAAUGGGAAACUCCUUGGGCCAAAGUGUUUCCCAUUCGACUAAUGUUGAGACUUGGAGCUGAAUAUCGACUUUAUCCAUGCCCACUGUUCAGCGUCAGAUUUCGGAAGCCAUUGUUUGGAGAGACAGGACAUACCAUCAUGAAUCUUCUUUCGGACUUCAGAAAUUACCAGUAUACAUUGCCAAUAGUUCAAGGUUUGGUGGUUGAUAUGGAAGUUCGGAAAACCAGCAUCAAAAUUCCCAGCAACAGAUACAAUGAGGUGAUGAAAGCCAUGAACAAGUCUAAUGAGCAUGUCCUGGCAGGAGGUGCCUGCUUCAAUGAGAAGGCAGACUCUCAUCUCGUGUGUGUGCAGAACGAUGAUGGAAACUAUCAGACCCAGGCCAUCAGUAUUCACAACCAGCCCAGGAAGGUGACUGGUGCCAGUUUCUUUGUGUUCAGUGGCGCUCUGAAAUCCUCUUCAGGCUAUCUUGCCAAGUCCAGUAUUGUGGAAGACGGCGUCAUGGUCCAGAUCACUGCAGAGAACAUGGAUGCCUUGAGGCAGGCACUGCGGGAGAUGAAGGACUUCACCAUCACCUGUGGCAAGGCAGACGGCGAGGACCCCCAGGAGCACAUCCACAUCCAGUGGGUGGAUGACGACAAGAACGUCAACAAGGGUGUCAUAAGUCCUAUAGAUGGGAAGUUAAUGGAGUCUAUAACAAGUGUGAAGAUAUUCCAUGGAUCAGAGUAUAAGGCAAAUGGAAAAGUCAUCAGAUGGACAGAGGUGUUUUUCCUAGAAAAUGAUGACCAGCACAGUUGCCUGAGUGAUCCAGCAGAUCAUAGCCGGCUGACCGAGCACAUAGCCAAGGCUUUUUGCCUUGCUCUCUGUCCCCACCUGAAGCUCCUGAAGGAAGAUGGAAUGACUAAGCUGGGACUUCGUGUGACACUGGACUCAGAUCAGGUUGGCUAUCAAGCAGGGAGCAAUGGCCAGCCCCUUCCCUCGCAGUACAUGAAUGACCUGGACAGCGCUUUGGUGCCAGUGAUCCAUGGAGGGGCCUGCCAGCUCAGUGAGGGACCCAUCGUCAUGGAACUCAUCUUUUAUAUUCUGGAAAACAUCGCAUAGACAGAGGACUUCGUGUUUUUUUCCUGUUCAGACCUGUUGCAACAGCAGUCAUACCAAGUCAUUUGCACUUUAGAACUGGAAGAUUAAGCUUUUGUUAACACUAUUAAUUGGGGGUGGGGUGGGAGUGGGGUUUGGGGGAUUACGGUGGCUGGGGGGACAGAUGUUCCAUGAAUUCUAAGUCUUCUAUGCAUUGUCCACCAGAUCUGGGCAGCUUCCAUUACUGCACCACCGUUAUAUUAUCCUUGAAGCUAAAUCCCCUUCUGUUCCUGUUUAAACAAGAAUUCUGCUCCUGUUUUAAGACUUAUUUAUGGCCUUGUGCUCAAAAAUGCUCAAAUGGGUACAACCAUCACCAAGGGUGGGGUGGGAGGGCAGAGAGGAAAUAAAAUAUGAAGCAUCAGUCUUGUACUUUUUGUACAGAAUUGAUACAAAAAGGAUCACACACUGAUCUUGUUCCAUUUACAUCACAGUAACAAGUAGAAGUCACACAUUUUUUGUUUGUUUUUACCAGAUUACCCAACGGAUUAUUACUCUUCUAGCCAAGGAAGGGCACCUCAGUGUAAAUGAGGUGAUUGGAUAGCAGAGCCGAGUUGAGGAUUGCUCAAGAUCUGCCCCACUGAUCGGCAGGUACUGAAUUGGGCCUUUCUGUGAAAGCUGACAAUAUACUCAAGGCAUUUUUAGUUAUAAUGUACACUAGCUGUAUUUUUAAAAACAUUUUAUUGAGAAAUAAUUUAAACUUCCAAGAAAGUUGCAAGUACAAAAAAACCCUAUGUACGCUUUACCUAGAUUCACCUAUUGUUCACAUGUUAACACUUUGCUCAUUUGCAUUAUCAGUGUUUCUCCACAAAAAAUGGAGACAUUUGAGAGUAAGUUGCAUAGCUAAUAGCUCUUUACCCCUAAAUACUUUAAUGCUUAUUUCCUAAAAUUAAAGACAUUCUCUUCCAUGGCAGCAGGACAGUUCACACUUUAGUCAAUUUAACACUGAUACACCAGCUGCUUGACUCUAGCAUCCGUCCAGUAGUGUCCCGCACGGCUCUCCCCUCCUGUAAAGCUUCUCGCCUGGGAUCGGACAAGGCAAAUAGCUUUGCUGACCCACCUGUAUCUUUUAUGUCCUCCAUACUUUCGGUGAGUAUAGUCCCUCACCUCAUUUUAAAAAUGUGAUUGGUAUCUUUCCACAAUUGGAAUCAAUUUAUGCAUUCUGGCCAGAAUCCUAAGUGAUGUGUGCUUGUUAUAUAGCCGCCUGCACACCAUUGAUGAGGGUAAAUUUUGAUCACCUGUUCAGUGUUGUCCAAUUUCUCUAGUAUUUCCCCCCUUGGAAUGAAUAACCAAUGUGUACAGACACUUACAGAUCCUGCAAAUAUCUUGCUCAUCAAAAUUUCCCUAAGAUUUAGCAUCCACGGAUGUUUCUUAUCUGAACUAAUCUUUUACAUGAUGGCUACAGAUUUUUCAACUCCAGCACUCCCUCCACCUUUACCAGUUGCACUUGGUCAUUAUAAGCAAAAGCUCUUCCUCCUAUUUACUAUUCACUUAAUUUUCAUUGUGGACUUGUGGAUUCCAUUUUGAAUGGUUCUGACCCAUUAUUUGAGUACUCAGAUAGCUCAGCUUUGGCCAUAGAGCAUGCCUUCAGGGUAGCUCCCCCAUCCUUGUGAAAUGCUUCUAUCAUUUUUUUUAACACUUUGCUUUCUGGCCUAACAAGAUUCUCCACACUCAUCUAGUGCUUACACUGCCCCAGCCUUUGAAUCAGCCAUGGUUUCUUUUAGUGGUAUUGGAAACCAAGGUUUGUUUUAUCCAUGAUAUAUGUGAUAUAGUCAAAGUAACUUCUUUUCCAUUAAAAUUUAUUUUGGUCACAGACCUAAUGGAUUUCACGACCUAAAGUUUGAAAAACAUGGCUCUAAGGUAACUCACUCUUAUCACUGUCAUCUUCUAAAAGCCCAGGCCAAGCAGCAGACGGUCCCUCUGCUACAAGCACAGCUCCAAGAAUCCUCUGGACGCUAAUGCAGGCCUCUGGGAAGUGAGAGGCUGCUUCCCAGUGGUUAGCGCUGGGCUUAGCACUUGGCAAUUAAAGGCUGUGGAGCUAUGUUUAGGCAUCCCACAACCUGGCCUUCACUUGGAAGCAUGUCCACCUAUGUUUAUCCCUUCUCCAUGGCGGUGGUGAUGGAUCCACAUUCUGUACUCUCUCUCCAUAAAGCUUUGCUGGCGGUGGCUGCAGAGUACCGUGAAUUUAACCUUUUCCCAGACUCAGAGGCACCCAGAGCUUCUAAGGGAAAAGCAUAGAUGCCGCCCAGAGAAUACCAGCAUGCACUGAGCCUUGGGACCACACAUCCCUCUAAAACCUGGUAGGAAUAUUUCAUAGGGCAGGGAUUUGAGGUGUAACAUCCAACUUGGUCUAAAUAUACCUUGGAAGUUUAGAGCUUCUACAAAUUCUGGUCCCAUUUUUUUCCCCACAGAAAUUUAUCUUUCCUCCUGUUCAGUUAAAUAUACCUUGCAAUUGUAUGUAUUUCUUCUGGAUCAGUGCGUGCAAGCUUUUAAAUUCUUCCACUGAGGACAGACUCUGGUCCUGCAGAGUCAGGUCCAUUCUCAAUUUGCAUAAAAUAUCUUGUGGAAUGGGGCAUAAUAGAGCCAAGGCUAGUUUACCACCACCACCACCCCCCCCAAUUGUUUUAUCUCUGGAUUAUACACUGUAUAUUGUAAGAGGUAUAUAAAGUAGAGGGCUGAAAUACCACAUUUCUAAAUAUGUCAAAUUUUUCUAGAACAUAAAACUUAAAGAUUGGCAUAUAGAGAUCCUUAUAAACUGAAGAGGGAUAGGACUGCCAUUAUGGUAACAUUAAAUUUUAAAAAUUAUUGCACUCUUACCAAAUGCUAGACAAGGUAUUUCUCCAUUUAUUUUUAUCAAACUUUCUGAGCACCUACUGGGCUCUAGAGAUAGGAUGUUACCUUGUGUAAGUUCCCAUCUGUCUUCCCUCAUCCAGUGGUUCCUGAAUGCCGGUGGGCCCACCAUUUCCAACUAAAUUUACUUCUGUCAUAAUUAGUCAUCAGGGGAGCAAUUUAUGCAUUUAAUGCAUUUCAUGCAAUAAUCAAGCAAUCUGCUGGACACUUUUUAUAUUAAGUUCUAUUUUAAUAGUAAUGUUAAAAUAAUUUAAACAGUAAUGGGAAUUUUAGGAAUUGUACACGUAGCCUGAAAGGCUAAGGAGUGGAGCAGGAAUGAUGCCCACUCUGGAGUUUGGGAAGCUGAGGCCAUGGGAAGAGCCCGUGGGAAGAUUCUUGGAGCUGGACCAGGCACCAACUCCCUGGCUCCACCAGCCUCAGUCCCACGGUUUCAUCUUAAAUGGAGCUGCCUAUUUAAGGGGCAAGAUCUUUGAGAACUACCCACAAAAUUCAGAAAACAAGCUCUCAACAAUGGUGGCAUAAGAAAGGAAAAUAAUGUUAAAGUCACAAAAUAGUUUGCCUUUGUGAGCAAGACUUCCUAAGAAAAAUUUAUUCUGUAUUUUGUUCAGUUCACUAAUUCAGAAGAAAGUAUGCCUUGCACUAGAUUAAAGAGGGAAUUUACAAUUUAAAAAUAAUUUGGGUCAUGGCAGCUUCUCUGCCCCCAAAUCACUAAUCUGUUCGGUUGCUGCAUUUGGACAAGUCUCAGGGUAAGACGAGGCUGGGCAGGCUCCUCCCACUCCCAGUGACCCGGCAUGCCUUGGCUGCAACAAAGGCCCUUUCAGAAGGAGCCUCAGUCUCCAAGUCCGGUGGGUGCUUUGUCUGCCUCCCUCAGCCUGGAGGUUUUGUUUUUCAAAAGCAAAGAGCAGGGAAGGAGAGAGAACUGACCAAGCUGCAAAGGGAAACCUGUGAGGCACAGAACACUUCCUACAAAUUGCAACGGGGCGUUUCCAGCGGAGGCCUGAGGUCAGGAAUCCGAAGGUGGUUGGAGCCUCCAAGGGUAACCACAGCUGUCCUUGCCCUCUUAGUAAGCACUGGUUGCGGUGCAAACCCUUCUUUGCUCUAGGCCAUCUUAGGAAAGCUAACCACCCUUCUUUUCAUUCUAGAUCACUGCUGCUUUGACACACAGAUGUAACUACAAAUGUUAAAUCUCACAUCUGUAGAAAUUUUGGUAGUUUACUCUGAUGGCCAAGUUAAGUCUGGUCAGAAAGCUCUUGGAAAAAAGUCGUUUGUCUGUCCUUCCUGCUGUUACCCUCUAAAAGAUUUGCUACAAAGGGCAGGAAAGCACGGUCCAGCCCUACGUCAGAAAAAGACACACA